AUGACACCAUCGCCAAUAGUCUUGUCAGCUUACGGAACAAACAAUAAACUAACAGCGAUUGAUGUUUUACAACGGUGGUUAAUGAUAUACAAAGAAUUUCAUUCAAGAAAUAUUCGUGUUGUCGGAUUUUCGACUGAUGAAGAUCCCAAAUAUUUACGGGCAAUGAGAUUGACAUCAAACUUUUUUGUUGAACAUCAAACGUUAAAUAUUUGCAGUGAGACAUCAGCUUUGACAGUUAAAAUUCCUUCAAAUUGGUCAUCGUGGUUUCUAUUAAAUUCAACUCAACUUUUUAUAUUUAUGCAAGAUGGUAUACAUUUAUGUACCAAAAUACGAAAUAGAUUAUUAUCAAAAAUUGCAAAAUUAAAAAUGGGAUUAUAUGACGUUUCAAUAAACCAUUUGUUUAAACUUAUUGAUACAACAAAUAACAUGGAUCAUAAUUUGUGUAAAUCUGAUUUAGAUAUUCGUGACAAGCAAAAUUUUUCAUCUUGUCAACGAAUAGCAGAUGAUAAAGUAUUAAAUCUCUUGAUGUUAAAUGAUGAAUACAAAGCAACAUACAUUUACUUAUUAAUGUUAAAUUUAUUAAUAAUAACAUACACAGAAUGCACUAUUUUAUUAUCUGAUCGUGUUUAUUAUGCUUGGAUUAUUUUAUUUUUUAUUAGAUUCUGGGGAAUAUGGUUACAUAUUACAAAAUCAUCUCGUAAACUAUCGGCUACAAACAAUCCUCGAAAACGAGAGGAAGAAUCUUAUUUUAUUACUUCUAAUGCAUUGAUAGCUAUAGAGCUCAAUGCUCAUUAUUUAAUAUACGUGUAUUUAUUAAUUGAACAGAAAAUUCUUCCGGAAUCUGUAGCCAAAGCUACUCAUUUAUUUUCAUCUCAAUCGUGUGAACACGUUUUUCGCAAUACGCGUUCAUUAUCUGGUGUUUAUUCGACACGUAUAAAUUUCACCAUGAAACAAUUCUUAAAACGUAUCAAUAAAUUAAAUGUUCUUACGGAAAUGAAACAAUAUGAAACAACAAAUAACAAUGAAAAAAUAUUUUUUCCUAUUCAUCAUAAAAUUAAACAAUUUAACUUACAAAAAGUAUCAAAAGUUGAUGGAAACAUUGGUUUUAAUACAAAUAUCCUUGAAGAAAUCGUUCUUGAAGUAUAUAAAGUUGCUCAAGAAAUGCCAUUUUUUGUUGGAAUGAACAAUGAUUUGAUAGAAAAAGAUCUUUUUGAGAUUGAACAAUCGUCACUACUCACUCAACGACUAUUACAACGGAACAGUUUAAUAGAACAAGAGAUACUUGUUGUUGAUGAUACAAGUAGUGAUGAAGAAUCAGAUGCUGAAGCAUCAGAUGAUCAAGAAUUAGAUGAUAUAAUUUUCGAUGAUGAUCUGUUGGAAGAGGAUGCGACUCCAACAGCAACUUCUGAAAACGUACAAUCGACAUCGUGCACAGGACUCAGAUUGAAAAAAACAAUUUCAAAUGCCAAUGCACAUAAGUAUUUUCCGGUUAAUAUUAAUGAAAAAAAACGUUUUUUACAUAAAUCAGCAGCAGCGUGGUACCUUCAAGACAGACAACGACGGAUCUCAUGUGACCGUCUUCAACGUGUAAAAAUAAAAGAAGCUUUUUAA